UCUCUCAUUCUGCUCUACACACUUUCCUCACCCCAGAUCCCGCCACCGCCAGUUCUGCCGCUCCGACCCCAGGGCCGCCGGCCGCCCCGACCCCGCCACCGCCGGCCAUAGCACCGCCUCGCCGUUCUCCCUCCACCUCCAAACGCCGGCCACUUCGGCCCUGGCCAUAGCAGCGUCAUCCCGUGGCCUCCAAACGCCGGCUCUGCCGCUCCGACCCCGGCGACCUUGGCGCAACCAGCCGCGCGAGCCAUGGACGCGGCGUCGGGGGGCAUGGGCAGCCUUCUCCUGAAGCUCGGCGGCCUCCUCGCGGAUUAGUACAAGCUGCAAGACGGAGUCAGCAACCACACAAUCCCUUGACGCGUGAGAGAUCUGCACAGGGGCGGCGACGAACGAGCAGCACCAUCGUCGCUCUUUCACCAAAGAUCAAAUUUGGGCGUCGUUGAGUUUCUUAUUCCUCCGAGCUGCAAGAUAAUGUCAGAGUCGCUGCUUCUCCCUCUGGUGCACCGCGUGGCCGGCAAGGCCGCAGACGCACUCGUCGUGAACAUGACCAGCAUGUGUGGCCUCGACGACGACCGCCAAUUGCUGGAGCGCCAUCUGCUAGCCAUAGAGUGCAAGCUGGCGAACACUGAGGAGAGGAGCGAGACAAACGCCUAUGUCAAGAGCUGGAUGAAAGAUCUCAAGUCCGUCACCUAUGAGGCCAGUGACGUUCUCGACGAUUUCCAGUACGAGGCGCUGCUCCGCCAGUCUAAGAUCAGCGGAUCCACUUCCCGUAAGUUACUCAGCUACAUCACGCACCGCAUCCCACUGUUCUUCCGUCUUGAAAUGAGCAAGAAGCUCAAGAACGUCCUCAAGAAGAUCAAUAAGUUGGUUGUGGAGAUGAACAAGUUUGGACUGGAGAGUUCUGUCCAUAGGGUGGAGCAGCAACUUCCUUGGCGGCAGAUGCACUUCAAUCUGGACAACUCUACCAAAAUCUUUGGAAGAGACGAUGAUAAGGAGGUGUUGGUGAAGCUGCUGCUGGACCAGCAGGAUCAACAGAAGGUGCGGGUGCUGCCCAUCGUUGGGAUGGGAGGUAUUGGCAAGACGACUCUUGCUAAGAUGGUGUAUAAUGACCAGCAGGUCCAACAACACUUCCAGUUGAAGAUGUGGCACUGCGUGUCAGACAACUUUGAUGCCAUUGCUCUUGUGAAAUCCAUCAUUGAGUUGGCUACAAACAGAAGUUGCGAUCUGCCUGACAGCAUUGAACCAUUGCAAGAGCGACUUGAGCAAGUCAUUGGCCGGAUUAGAUUUUUACUUGUUCUCGAUGAUGUAUGGAAUGAAGACAAGAGGAUGUGGGAGGAUGCAUUGAAGCCACUAUUGUGUUCUGUUGGAGGACCAGGAAGUGUUAUAGUUGUCACAUGUCGAAGCAAGCAAGUGGCCUCUAUAAUGUGCACCGUUGAGCCCCAUGAGGUAGUAUUUCUCAGUCAAGAAGAUUCAUGGGAAUUGUUUUCGAACAAAGCAUUUAGCCAUGGUGUUGAGGAGCAAGCAGAGUUGGUCAGCAUCGGAAGGCGUAUUGUCAAUAAAUGCGGGGGGUUACCUCUUGCUCUCAAGACAAUGGGUGGAUUGCUGAGUUCAAAGCAACAAGUACAGGAAUGGAAGGCCAUAGAAAAAAGUAACAUUUGGGAUAGUCAUGGAGGCAAUGAGGUCAUGCACAUACUAAAGUUAAGCUACAGACACUUGUCAUCUGAAAUGAAGCAAUGUUUUGCAUUCUGUGCAGUUUUCCCCAAGGAUUAUGAGAUUGAGAAGGAUAGGUUGAUCCAACUAUGGAUGGCAAAUGGCCUUAUUCAAGAAGAGGGAACAAUGGAUUUAACACAGAAAGGAGAAUUCAUUUUCAAUCAGCUGGUUUUGAUGUCCUUCCUCCAAGAUAAGAAAGUGGUAGUCAAAUCUGCUGUCUAUACUGUCUAUGGGGAUAACACACAAUAUGAGACAAUAGUAUGUAAAAUGCAUGACUUAAUGCAUGAUCUAGCAAAAGAUGUUACAGAUGAAUGUUCAAGUAUAGAAGAACUGACUCAACAGAAAACAUUGUUAAAAGAUGUUUGUCACAUGCAAAUGUCAAAGGCCGAAUUGGAACAAAUCCGUGUGUUAUGCAAAGGCAGAACAAACCUCCGCACUUUGUUAGUUCCUUCAGAAUCAUACGAGGAUCGCUAUAAUUUUUGGAGCAGAUUACACAAGGAUGUAAAAGACUUGCUUCAAGAAUCAGCAUCACUAAGAGCGCUGCAUUGCUCCCCUUCUUCAAUUGUCAUUUGCAAGGCCAUACAUGCAAAACAUUUACGGUAUCUUGACCUCUCUGGGUCUGACAUUGUUGCGUUGCCAGAUUCAAUAUGUGUGUUGUAUAACUUGCAAACAUUGAGGCUCAUAGAUUGCAAGGAGUUGCGGCAGUUAUCAAAAGAUAUGGCAGGACUAAGAAAGCUCAUGCAUUUGUACCUUUCUGGUUGUGACCGUCUCGAAAGUAUGUCUCCAAACUUUGGUCUACUGAACAGCCUUUACAUAUUAACAACAUUUGUUGUGGAUACUGGAGAUGGCCUUGGUAUAGAGCAGCUCAAAGGCUUGCAACACCUUAGCAAUAGGUUGGAGCUAUUGAAUUUGAAGAAGAUAAAGAGUGGGGAAAAUGCAAAAGAAGCCAAUCUCAAUCAGAAGCAGAAUUUAAGUGAGUUGUUGUUCUCUUGGGACGAAGAAAUAGAUGAUGGGCCUAAAAAUAUGGCCUAUAAUGUGGAAGAAGUGCUUCAGUGCUUAGAACCUCAUAGUAAUAUCCAAAAGUUGGAGAUACAUGGAUAUGGUGGCCUAGAAAUAUCACAAUGGAUGAGAAAGCCUCAUAUGUUUAACUACUUGAGAGAACUCAAAAUUUCCAACUGCCCAAGAUGCAAGAGUAUACCUGUAGUAUGGCUCUCAGUAUCUCUAGAAAUGUUGUCCUUACAGAAGAUGGAUAACCUGACAACAUUAUGUAAUAGCCUUUAUGUGGUAUCUGGAGGCAUUACCCCUGUGCAGAUUUUCCCAAGGUUGAAGAGGAUGAUGUUGAUUGAGCUACGAAGCCUGGAGAUAUGGGCAGAAAACAGUGUGGGAGAGCCUGAUGAUAGCCUGGUAAUGUUCCCGAUGGUUGAAGAGCUAAGGAUCGAAAACUGCCCCAAGCUUGCCAGUAUUCCAGUGACCCCCAUUGUCAGCGAGUUGACUAUAGUUGGAGUUCACAGUACUAUAGUCGGUUUAGUUUUUAUGAACAUCCGUUUGGGUUCUUGGCCAUUUCUCAUCAGUUUAACUCUUGGGUCUCCGGAAGAAAUACCCAUGUUGCCUCUAGAUGCGCAGCAAAGCCAAAGUCAAAGAUCUCUUGAAAAACUUAAGCACUUGGCUCUGGAAGGCCCCAGCAGCUUGGUCACAAGCUCCGAUUUGUCUAGAUCACACCUUAUGCCUUGGAAAUGUUUUCCGUUCGUGGAAGAGUUGGCAAUUCAGAGAUGCAGCAAUCUUGUCCGCUGGCCAACAGAGGGGCUCCGGUGCUUGAAUCGCCUCCGCUCUCUGUAUAUCAGUAGAUGUGAAAACCUGGAGGGGAACACUUCAUCGUUUGAGGAGACCCUUCCGCUAUCCCUGGAGUAUUUGACGAUUUCAGACUGCAACAGUGUGGCCAAGCUGCCUUCGAACCUUGGAAAUCUGGCCAAGCUGAGGAGUCUGGAUGUGAUUGGCUGUCGUGGCUUGAAAGGGCUGCCUGAUGGAAUGGGUGGCCUCACUUCUCUUAGGGAAUUAGUGAUUGUUGAUUGUCCAGCUAUGGAGAAAUUCCCUCAUGGUCUUCUGGAGCGGUUGCCAGCCCUUGAACACUUGGGCAUAUUUGCAUGCCCAGAGUUGAAAAGACGAUGCAGAGAAGGUGGAGAGUAUUUCCACUUGGUCUCCUCUGUCCCACUUAUAAUUUUUGAUGACGACAGUCAUGAAAAUCCAAGCUGCGAAGUAACUCGGUAUACGCAGGAGCGCCUUGGUCAGUAUAUCCGAAAGCCUCCACGGUAUGAAGGAGGCAACGAUCGAACAGUAAGAGGAGGCCUCAACUCCAAGAGACCACUUAUUACUGAAGCAAGCACUGAGUAUGCAGUCAAGCAAUCUGGUUCUCAAGAGCAAGACGGAAACAACAUUGUCCUUGAGGAAACAACAUCAUCUAACGUCUCGAGGUUGUUUGAUGUUUCAAUCGAGGAUGUAGGUGAAGUCAGGGAGACAGGGGGCCCGGUAAGUGCUUUGUUGGAUGCCAAGAGACCACUUAUUACUGAAGCAAGCGCCGAAUCUGCAGCCAAGCAAUCUGGUGGUCAAGAGCGAGAUGGGAACAACAUUGUCCUUGAGGAAACAACAUCACCUAACAUCUCGACGCUGUUUGAUGUUUCGAUCGAGGACAUAGUUGAUCUCAGGGAGACAGGGGGGCCGAUAAGUGCUUCGCUGGACGCCAAGAGACCAAUUAUUACUGAAGCAAGCGCCGAAUUUGCAGCCAAGCAAUCUGGUGGUCAAAAUCGAGAUGGGAACAACAUUGUCCUUGAGGAAACAACAUCAUCUAACAUCUUGACGUUGUUUGAUGUUUCGAUCGAGGACGUAGGCAAAGUCAGGGAGACGGGGGGGCUGAUAAGUGCUUCGCGGGGCGCCAAGAGACCACUUAUUAUUGAAGCAAGCACCGGAUGUGCAGUGGAGCAAUCUGGUACUCUAGAGCGAGACAGAAACAAUACCGUCCUUGAGGAAGCUCGCAUAUUGACAUCAUCUAAUAUCUCGACGUUGCUUGAUGGUUCGGUGAGUGUGUCUCUUAGCGCCAUGAGAGCUCUUGGUGCGAAGCUGGACAUGCUGCUGCUAGCUCCUCCUCAGGGAUGCUGCUCCAAGAGUGUCAAGGAUGGGAUGCAACUCCUAAGAGAAGAUAUUGAAGAGAUAAGCUCCUACCUAGAUGAACUGUCAGAGCUGGAGGAGCCUCCCCCGACAGCCAAGUGCUGGAUGAAUGAGGCGCACGACCUGUCAUACGACAUAGAGGAUUACAUCGACAGCUUAUUAUUUGUGCAGCCUGCAGAAUCCUCAAACAACAUCAAGGGCACCAGAUCCCGACUCAAAUUGUCCGGUCAUGCCAAGACUUCCAAGAGGCUCAAGCCACGACACGAGGGGACUGCGGGAAGGGUGUCACAGUUCAGCUUGUUCGUCCAGAAGGCGAUUGAACGACACCAGAGGUAUGAUCUCCAUUCUUGCAGUAACUUGAGGCGUAGGUUUGUAUCCCUUGGCCCUAUGCUCCCAAUGCAGUAUGGUGAAGAAACCACCCACAUAGUAAUUGAUGGCCGGAUGAACGAGUUUAUCAACUCAAUGGAAAAUGAUGAGGGCAAGCAGUUCAAGGUCAUGUCUGUUCAUGGAUCUUCUGGUCUUGGUAAGACUACACUCGCUAGAGCUUUGUACAACAAAGUUGGUAAGAGCUUCCAGUGUCGAGCUUUCAUUCGGGUGUCCGAACAGCCUGACACGAAGAGAAUUUUCCAUGACAUGCUCUCUCAACUCCAGCGGCAGCACCCCACACCAGAUUGUAAGGAGACUGGCCUCAUUGACAAUAUCAAGACCCAUCUACAAGACAAAAGGUACUUAAUUAUUCUUGAUGAUGUAUGGGAUGCAUCAGUAUGGGACAUUAUUAAUCAUGCUUUUCCGAAGGGUAGUCAUGGCAGCAGAAUAAUAACAACUACACAGAUCGAAGAUGUUGCAUUAACAUGUUGCUGCUAUCAAUCAGAGUAUGUUUUUCAGAUGAAGCCCCUAGAUGAUGAUCACUCAAGAAAGUUAUUCUUCAACACACUUUUUGGCUCUGACAGCAAUUGCCCUGAACAGUUGAAAGAGGCUUUAAACAAAAUUGUUCAAAUAUGUGGUGGUCUGCCGCUAGCAACAAUCAGCAUAGCUGGUCUUUUAGCAAGCCAACCUGUCAUGUCAAUUGAUCUUUUGACGCACAUCCAUCGGUCGUUAAGCUCUUGUUUCUCGGCAUCAGAAAGAACGAGACAAGCACUGAAUCUGAGCUUCAAUAACCUUCCUCAUUAUCUGAAGUCAUGUUUGCUAUCUCUUAGUAUGUGUCCAGAGGGCUAUGAAUUCUUCAAGUAUGAUUUGCUCAAUCAGUGGGUGGCUCAAGAUUUUGUUUACACAACAGAAGGGCAAGACAUUGAUAGAGUUGCAGAAAGCUAUCUCGAUCAACUUAUUGGUAGAAGAUUCAUCCAACCUAUAUGUAUCAGUUACAACAGUGAGGUGGUUUCCUGUGCAGUUCAUGACGCCAUACAUGAUUUCAUUGUGCGCAAGUCUGUAGAAGAGAAUUUCAUUGUGGCAAUAGACCACAGCCGAAAGAAUGUAUCAUUUUCUCAUAUUGUCCGUCGACUGUCUCUCCUCUUUGGCAAUGCAAGAUAUGCCAAGACACCGACGAACAUGAGCAGGUCACAAAUUCGGUCACUUAGAUUUUCUGGAUUAUUUGAGUGCAUGCCUUGUAUUAGAGAGUUCAAGCUUCUCCGUGUUCUAAAUCUCAAUCUAUCCGGCCAUCCUGGCGACCACGACCCCUUAGACCUUACUGGGAUUUCAGAACUGUUUCUGCUGAGAUAUUUGAAGAUUGCAAGUGAUGCCUGCAUAAUACUACCAAACCGUAUGCAAGGGCUGCAACAUUUGGAAACACUGGAUAUCAUGGCUGCAACAAGAGUCACUGCUAUUCCAUGGGAUAUUAUACAUCUCCCACACUUGUUCAACCUGACUCUUCCUGUUGAGAGAAACCUGCUGGAUUUGAUUGGCAGCAUGGGUGACUCUGUCAGCAGUCUGUGGAGCACUGGCAAGCUGAACAACCUGCACAAUCUUCAUCUCACCUCUUCUUCUACUACACCGCCAUCAUUGGACCAUAGCAUGGAAGCCCUGGGAACUUUACUGGGAGGACAUGGCUACCUGAAAACUCUAGCUCUGACUCAUGAUGAUGGAUCUUGGCAUAAAGAUGCUUCAAGAGUAAUCAUUAGCUGGGACGGUUUGGCACCUCCCCCUCUUCUCCAGAGAUUCGAAUUCUCGCCGCACAGCUGCAUCACAUUUUCCCAAGUUCCGCAGUGGGUUAAAGAACUUGGCAACCUAUGUAUCUUGAAGAUUACAGUGAGGGAACUGCAGUUAAAUUGUGUUGAUAUUCUCAGAGGAUUGCCUGCCCUCACUGCUCUGUCUCUGUAUGUGGAGACAGAGCCCGUUGACAAGAUCAUCUUUGGCAAUGCUGGGUUCUCAGUUCUCAAGUACUUCAAGUUCAGGUGCAGUGCACCUUGGCUCAAAUUUGAGUCAGCUGCAAUGCCUAAUCUUGAGAAGCUCAUGUUAGGUUUCAAUGUCAUCCCCCAAAUGGAUCAACAUCGACAUGCUAAUGCAGUUAUCACCAUUGAGCGUAUGCCAGGUCUUAAAGAGAUCUCUGCAAAAAUUGGAGGAGCAACUGCUAAUACUGAUGCAGUCUCUGCCUUGAGGACCGUCGUUAGUAAUCAUCAGAGCAAUCCGAAGAUCAACGUCCAAUUGGUGGAUUACAGUUUCUAUGGUCAUGAAAACGAACUGCAGUUUCUAUGGUGACGAAAGCACAAAGCAGAAACAAGAACCGGAUGAGAUUGUGGGAUUGCUCCUUGGAAAGAUCAGCCGAUAAAAGAUUGUAUGGCUGCAACUAACCACAGGUCGUUACCAUGGUUGAGGCGGCUCAAGAUCACCGUUGGAGAAGCUUAUGUUGCCAUCGUGCUGAUCGUGAGGCUUUUGUAACAGUUUCUGCACCAUUAAGUGAUUCUAAAGUCCGGAGUUCAUGCAGUUGGUGACUACACAAAAGACACGAAUGAGCUCAAGAGAGUCCCCGAAGAAAUAUCCGGCUUUUAAGUUGCUUGUAGUUUGGAUACCAUUAAGUGUUGAUGUUUCUUUAUUGCAUUAUGAUCUCAACUAGCAAAAAAGCCCGUGCAUUGUAACGGGAGAAAAAAAAUAUCACUCUCCGAACCUAAUAAUUAUGAAUCAAGACCCUAAUAGGUUCAUGUCUUUUCUUUUA